GGCGGCCGAGGACGGGGGAAGUUCGGUGCGCCGAGAACGCCGUGAACGCCAUCGCCGCGGCCCGGGGUGCGUCUUUGUGUCUUCCUUGUGCUGCCCGCGCGAGUCGCGCACGCCGCCGCCAUGGCCAUGGAGUCGUGUGGCAUGAACGUCAUCAAGUACAUCCUCUUCGUGUUCAACCUCAUCUUCGCGCUCUCCGGCGUGGGCAUCAUCGUGGCCGGCGCCCUGGUGCUCAGCCAGUUCGGCGGCUCGCAGCGCUUCCUGGAGGACCGCAUCCUGGCGCCGCCCAUCGUGCUCAUCGUGGCCGGCUCCAUCGUGUUCCUCAUCGCCUUCCUGGGCUGCUGUGGCGCCAUCAAGGAGAACUACCUCAUGCUGAUCGCGUUCGCCGCGCUGCUGCUGGUCAUCUUCAUCGUGGAGCUGGCGGUGGGCAUCGCCGCGGGCGUGGCCAAGGACGACUUCAGCGACGCGCUGCGGAACACCCUGCGGAACUCCAUGCGGAACUACACCCUGGACGAGGGCGACCGCCUGGCCUGGGACAACGUGCAGAAGCGGAUGGAGUGCUGCGGCACGGACAACUGGCGGGACUGGAACGGCAUCCUGCGCGCGCCCGGCGAGCUGCCCUACUCGUGCUGCGUGCGGUACUCGUUCGGCGGCUACGAGCCGCCCAGCACACUGGGCUACCAGACCAACCCCGCGUGCCAGGCCACCGCCAACCCCAACUUCGUGUGGCAGCAGGGCUGCUUCAGCAAGCUGGAGGCCGUGGUGCGGGACAGCAGCGUCAUCGUCAUGGGCGUGGGCAUCGGCAUCGCCUUCGUCGAGAUCGCUGGCAUCGUGCUCGCCUGCUGCUUGGCGUCCGCCAUCAAGAAGAGGGACGACGACUCCAAGUGAGGGGCGAGGGGGGCGGGGGGCGUCAACUACAUCGCCAUCUCGACGUCAUCCUGGAGGCGGCGCGGCGGUCGCCGGAGAAGCUGGUGCCUUUCAUCGGGGACACGAGCUCGUCCCGUCAAAUCAGCAGCAGCAGCGCCUCUGGAGGUUGUUGAGCGAAACAAGUCUCAACAACUCUUUUUUAUUUUUCUCAACGAAGGGCUCAAACUGCACCUGACGUCAUCGUAUCCAAGUCGUUGAAGGCCAUCUCAUAUUACCUGAUUAUCUAUUUUCGUUUUUAUCUUUUACGCGCUGUGUAAUUAAACAUCGGAUGUUUUUUUGGAUGCCCUACUAAUUUUCCCCAUUCUAGACUUAACUUUGGCCAGCCAGUAACUUGUGAUUUCCCAACUCUGUAGCAAAGUAGUAAUCUAGUCGCGAAACACCUCGCUUUGUGUCAGUAGUAAGUGUCCUUUUUUCCCUUUUUUUGAUCAAGUCAUGUACUCUAAGCAGGCCGCUAAAUUGGCUUGCAGCGAAUGUUCAAGCAUCCCCUCAUCGGACCAAAACCGUCCAGCGACAGAACUGCUAUCGAAUCUACGCAUAAUUGCAUUGCUAAACGUUGCUGUAUGCUAAGUAAACUAUUUCGAUGUCUUAAUUAGAACCAGUGUCAAAGAUACAUACUCUAUUCCUAGCUAUAUCUAGUCUUUAGCGUUUAUUUUUAAUUCAAUGAGUUUUCAUUGAGAACAACCAUUUACGAGGCACUGUCAAUGUUUUAAACCUUUCCUUUGAUCGGGAGUCUCGGUCGAGACUCCACAAAGCACUGCGGGUUUGUCCAUCGGUGUGGGCAUCGGGCAUGCUUCUUUGGCCUUGCGGUUCCGAGAACCGAAGGACGCACCCACAGUGGCGCAGCACAGCGGGGCGGGUCCUUGGCCGAGACACCCGGGCGAGCUUUCCGUCUCGUGCACGACGUGACUCCAAGGGUGUCGAACCCGUGCCGCACAAUGCCUGUUUUAUAAUUGUUUGCCUGCCCGACGUAGUUACCUCUCUGCCAGGAACGCCGUAGCAAGCUGUUCUCUGUGCGUCAAAUCCAAGUCAUUAAAUACCAAAUUGUGGUCACACAUUUUAACUGAUAAGCACAACAAUCACGUGACAUAUGUUUCUUUACUCCUUGUAAAACUAGGCUGCAAUAUUUGUUACUCCGUAUGUUUCUUCCUCCUGUGAAAUAAAGAAGAGUUUAUCUAA